AUGCCGCACCAUCACCGUGCCUCGUCCUUGAGGCAAACCAAUAAGUCCUUCAAGUCCAAGCACGCCACAAAGACCACACUCCGCGAAGCAUCCAAGGGUCGAUCCGCCAGCGAUGUGUCCAACACUUCCCGUCUAGCCUCGCACAAAUCAUCACCACUCUCAGCGUCCGGCAACGAAGCCGGUUCCCGCCAACAUCGUAGAAACCACGCCAAGCAGGCACAGCGAUCCAAGCGAAACGCACUCAUUCAAUCCAACCGUGUGUUUUCCGCUUCGUCCUCUUCGUCGAGAGAAGGCAAAGAUGGUCUUUCCAAAGGUUUCGCAGGUGCAGGUGCUGGUGCACCUCGAAUCUGCGCCGUCGUAGAUCUCGCAGAGGAUGGCGACUCGUGGGAAGCGGUCAGGAGGAUCCAGGAAGAAGGCAUCGACGGCGGCGUCCAGCCUGUUCCCGGUCGCAGUGUCGAUGAAGCGCUCGCACAGGGCCUGCCAUACUGCGAGCUCGAGGCGACCCGGUUCCGACAGACGAUUCAGUUCCUGCCACUUCCGUAUGGCGCGCUCUACCCCAUCCUCGACGCUUGCAAGUGUGCCGACUUUGUUCUUCUCGUCCUUUCAGCAUCCACCGCCAUUGACCCUGGAUCCUGGGGUGAGCUUUGUCUUCGAACCUUGCAAGCCCAGGGUCUGCCCACCGUUGUCGUGGCCGUUCCAACGCUCCACCCAGAUGGCGCCACCGGUGUCGGAGGGAGCAAAAAGGCGGGUGCUGCACUUAAAGCCGCCAACGAGGUGCGCAAGUCGCUGCUCAGCUUUGCCAAGUACUUUUCGCCCGACGUCGAAAAGGUGCACGCGCUCGACGAUCGAGCUGAGCGAGGUGCUCUCCUCCGCACACUUGCCACCGCUACACCCAAGCGUGUGGCGUGGAGGGAUUUCCGCGCGUGGAUGGUGAGCGAAGGUGCCGAGUGGGAGGCGUCCCCUGAGGUUCACAGCAAUGGCAACGGAGACGCCAACGGCUCCUCUCAAGAAGCAGAGCGAGGCACACUCAAAGUGCACGGCUGGAUCCGGGGCGCGCCCAUGUCGGCCGACCGACUCAUCCACCUUCCCGACUACGGCGACUUUGAAGUCGACCGCAUCACCUACGCUCCUCCGCCGAACGCACGCACCAAGCGAUCCAAAGCCAGCGCCACCAACGCUGACAGUCAAGAUCAAGACGACGCCAUGACCGACGCCGAAGCGACGCAAGAUGCCCCCCUGACGCCAGGCGAUGUGCUCCAGUCGCGCGAUGACGAGUUCGCCGACGAUCUCGUCUCCGAAAACGAGCCGGAUGACAUGGGCAACGAGCAGACGUGGCCCACCGAGGAGGAGAUGCAGGCAGCCGAGCGAUUCGCCAAGCAACAGGCCGAUGGCGAGAUGCCUCCUCCGCCCGCUCUGCCAGGCACCACGCCGAAGACCAUCCUCAAGGGAAGCGGCAACGCCAAGGACAAUGCCAAGUAUCGUGCCGCCUGGAUCAUCGAGUCCGACGAAGAGGACGAGGACGACGAGCAGGACGACGACGAGGAUUCCAUGAUGGCUGAAGAGGACGAAGACGACGAGUUGUUGGUGGAUCAGGAAGGCGAUAUGCAAGUCAACGAGGCCAUCGACGACUACGAGCGUAUGAAGGCAAGCGCCAUCGCGCAGCAGAACCAGACGAGCGAUGCUGCAUCCGAGAUGCCGUUCGACGACGUCGACGACGAUCAGGCCGAAGCCGAGUACCUCGCCUACCAAGCACAGCGCAAGCGCGAGCGCGAAGAGCGCGACGAUGCCGAGUUCCCCGACGAAGUCGACACGCCGCUCGAGAUCGCCGCCCGAACACGCUUUGCACGCUACCGUGGGCUCAAGUCGUUCCGAACGUCACCCUGGGAUCCGUACGAGGACCUGCCGCGCGACUACGCGCGCAUCUUCCAGUUCGAGGACUUCCACAAGACCCGUCGUCGUGUGGAAGGCGCUGCGCUGUUGGACGGUGUGCAGCCAGGAUUCCGCGUUACGGUGUGGAUCAAAGACGUGCCUCGUGCGGCGGCGAUUCGUGCUCGCGCCAACAACCUCGGCGAGCUUCCGCCGGUAGAUUGCGCGGUCCCCUUUGUGCUGUUCGGACUGCUGAGGCACGAACACAAGAAGUCGGUGCUCAACUUUACCGUUACGCGCAACACGGAGUACGAGGCACCGGUUCGAUCCAAAGACCCGCUGGUGCUGUGUCUGGGACCACGACGAUUCCGCAUCAACCCGAUCUUCAGCCAGCACAGCCGUGGAGGCGGCAAAGGCGUCAACAACGUCCACAAGUUCGAGCGCUACCUACGCCAAGGUGUCUCUGCCUCGGUCGCCACCGUCUACGCACCCAUCACGUUCGGCGGAUCCACCGCACCCGCCGUGCUGCUCCGCGAACGUUCGCUCGACGGCGAACACGGGUACGACCAACGCGGCGUCUCCGCUGCUCAGAUGCCGCACCUCGUCGGGUUCGGCAACCUGCUCGAAGCCGGACCCACGCGCAUCAACGCCAAGCGCAUCCUGCUCAGCGGACACCCGUACAAGGUGCACAAGAAGACGGCGACAAUCCGAUUCAUGUUCUUCAACCCAGAGGACGUGCACUGGUUCAAACCGAUCACCCUGCACACCAAGUUGGGCAGGACAGGUCACAUUACCGAGAGUCUGGGUACCCAUGGAUACUACAAGGCACACUUUGACGGACCGAUUUCGCAGAUGGAUACCGUGCUGAUGAAUCUGUACAAGAGGGUGUAUCCGAAGUGGUCGCAGUCGUACAGAGAGGCGUAUGACGAGCUACCGUUGCCUAGGAAGGAGGUGUUUGGUGGUGACGAUGAGGUGGAGGCGAAUGACGAAAUGCAGGAAUAA